GUCGACAUUUACAUAUAUAAUAAGAAAAUAAUAUUUUAAUGCUUUCACGUUGAUAUUUUUUAACUUUCGAUAGCUCAUAUCGAAACUGGAAAAUUGCACUUUAUGUCUCUUGCAAGUUUUCUAUCGUAAGGUUAACCGAGAAUAAAAAGAAAGCAAAAUGACUGAUUGUUUACAAGAGCCUGCUUUCCUUAUUGGCGACAUCGACGGUGACAUAAAUCUAUCCUUACCACCAACUUCCGGAGAAGAGUAUAUAAAAAGAGUGGUAAUCGAAGCACAACAAUGUGCGGAUGUUGUAGUGGCAAACAUCGAUCGAAGUCAAUUUGUACAGCCUACUAUCAAUGUUCAACCUUUAUCAGGAUGUAUGGAAGCACCAUCAUGCCUAGGACCAACAUUAGAUUGGCAGCAGUAUCAAUUCUCGGACUUCUCUAAUGUGAGGCUAUACAUUAGUCAACUUAAAGACGAAAUUCAGUCGUCCAAACGGAAAUGGAAACCCCCUUCUAUUAAUUUGCCAGAUAUAGAUGAUGAAAAGGGUUGGAUUCAAUUCUGUUUGGGCACUUAUGAGGGGGAGAAAAAAACUGAUCCUACCCUGAAUACGGUAUUUUCCUUGAAUCAACCAAUGGUAGAACAAAUCCUGGAGUAUUUGAUAGACUACGUAGAAGUGGAGAAAGAAAUAAUCCACAAAUUAGGCCAGUGGUUGUACGCACUACUGGCCAUUCUGGAGAUGCCGUUAACCCCCGAAAUGUGUUCCUGCUUGCGGAGUCUGGCCAGAACAUGUUCGAUCAUCCGCUCGAAUUCGAUAAACUUGGAAGUACACGAAAUUGGGGCACUGAAUUUAUUCAUAUGCCUAGUAGCAAGGUAUUUUCGUCAGUUGGACAUGGCGGAUCCAUAGGAGUCCAUUUCCUGAAGUGCAGUUACAAUUCUACUUGUAUGUUUUAAUAAAAUCGAUUUUUUCAUA